AUGGCCGCCACAGUUUUGUCCGAAUUCGCCGAUUUCAACGAGUACAGUAAUGCGACGAGGGACCGUCUUGUGGCAGUGCUCAACUUUAUCGAAAAGGCCGUCCAAACACUGGGGACGUGGGAGUUUGGCUUGGCAGUCAUCGGAUCCGUCCUCAACGUGUUCCAUCUGAUCAUUCUGACGCGGAAGCCGAUGAGAUCCAGCAGUACCAACGUGCUCAUGAUCGGAAUCGGCGCCUGCGAUCUUUUCAUUAUGGUCUUCUGCGGUUAUGCCGAGUUGGAGGAGUUGGUGAAUCCCGAUUAUGAGUGGUAAGUCUAACAAGUAUAGUCUUUGAAAUAAUUGAAUUCUGCCGACCUCUAGAACUCGAGAAAUCCUCCCUUGAGUUUCAGAACACGUUUGGAAUCCUCUCGGAAAACGUACUACCUAGCGCCACACUCACAUUCAAUGUAAAUUUCAGCUGGACGCCGUCGAGUUACCUGAAAUUAGUGCUGGACCUGUGGGCGUCUGCCCUGAAGGACGACUUGCGACGGCUGUCCGCGUGGCUCGGAGUGCUCAUGGCAACCGUCCGUUUUCUGAUUGUCAAAAACUCGCUGAACCCCCGAUGGGACCGCCUUUCCCAGCCGCCGUUCGGAUGGAAACUCAUCCUCAUCUCCCUCGUUUUCAGCUCGUUCAUCUCGAUGUUCUACUGGGCGCGCCUCGAAAUUAUCGAGAUCGAUCCGUGGAUUCCUGCUCAACAGUGCGACUUGACAGCGAACAGAAAAGUGAAUAGAUUGUUUGACUUUCAGUUGUUCGAACUUCCCGGCCAACUACACCGAACAGCAAUUCGGCCUGAUCAACAACGAUCUGUUCCUGAAAAACGAUCUUUUGGCGCUGCAAAUUUUUCUAUUCACCGAUGGUACUUUGAAGGUGACAAUCGGAAAGAGUACCGUUUUUAUAGUGGAAGACGAUAAUUUCAGAUAAUCCCAGCAGCCGUCUUCCCUAUUCUGACUUUUCUGUUAAUUCGUGAGCUCAAAAGUGCAGAGGUUUCAAGACGGAAAAUAAGUGUGGCGCAGAAAGGUGACAGGUAACAUUUUGCAAGUAAUUAUCAUUCAAGUAGGACUGACUUUUUCAGUGCCAAAAAAGAUCACACGACCAAUUUGGUCAUUCUGAUGACUGUGACAUUCAUGAUUGCUGAAGGACCACUGGGAAUGAUUUACGUGUUUCAAGGAUUUCUAACCACGAAACCCGGGUUUUUGUGAGUUUUUAGAGAAUGUACCCGCAUCAAUUGGUUCUUUUCAGAGCGAUAACCACCGGAAUCACGGACCUUCUCAACAUAUUCGUGGCGAUCAACGCCACGACGCAUUGUGUCAUCUGUCUGACCAUGUCCUCUCAGUACCGGAAUUGUGUCCGAAGAACGUUCUGUUGUGUGAAAGAGCAGAAGAAAACGGUCAGUUUGACAGUGAUUCCAACGAAAUCUUAUGGUUUUCAGGUGACCGUAUCGCCGAAAGUGAGUGUCGGAAGUGCCGCGUCACUCAAAAACGUGGUCAUCAGUGUCGCUUGUGUGGCAAAUCAUCCUAAAACAUAA